AUAACCCGCGGGGUGCGGGGCAGCCGCGGCGGCGCGGUCGAGGCGCGGGCCGGUCAGAGCCGCCCCGGUCGCCGCGGACUCCACAUUCCAACGUCGCUGUGCUGCCGGUCGAAGAACCAGUGCCUAGUGACUGAGUGACCGCCUUCAACCCGUGCGACAAUAAUAAUUCACCAAUAUGUCUGACGAAGAGGAAUAUUCUGGCUCCGAGGAGGAGGAAGUAGAAGAAGAAGUCCCGGAGACACCCGCUCCCAAACAAGAGAGUAGACCGUCGAUCGCGGGUGAGGGAGACCCAGAGUUCAUCAAGCGUCAAGACCAGAAGCGGUCGGACUUGGAUGAACAACUCAAGGAGUACAUCAACGAAUGGCGCAAACAACGGGCCAAGGAAGAAGAUGAGCUCAAACGCCUCAAAGAGAAGCAGGCUAAGCGCAAGGUAUCUCGCGCUGAAGAAGAGAAGCGCCUCGCUCAAAAGAAGAAGGAAGAAGAAGAAAGGAGAGUCCGUGAAGUUGAAGAAAAGAAACAACGUGACAUCGAAGAGAAGAGGCAGCGACUCGAGGAAGCCGAGAAGAAGCGCCAGGCUAUGCUUCAGGCCAUGAAAGAUGCCAGCAAAACCGGUCCUAACUUCACUAUUCAGAAGAAGAACGAAAACUUCGGCCUUAGCAAUGCUCAAGUCGAGCGCAACAAGACCAAGGAACAGCUUGAAGAAGAGAAGAAGAUCUCAUUGUCGAUCCGUAUCAAGCCCCUUAACAUCGAAGGUCUCUCCGUGGACAAGCUCCGACAGAAGGCCGUCGAAUUAUGGGAGUGCAUUAUCAAACUCGAGACAGAGAAAUACGAUCUCGAGGAGAGACAAAAGAGACAGGACUACGACUUAAAAGAGCUCAAAGAAAGACAGAAACAACAAUUGAGGCACAAGGCCCUCAAGAAAGGUCUCGACCCAGAGGCGCUAACAGGCAAGCAUCCCCCCAAAAUCCAAGUUGCGUCCAAGUACGAGCGACGCGUCGACACACGUUCCUACGAUGACAAAAAGAAAUUGUUCGAGGGUGACCUAGAAAAACUCAACAAGGACUUCCUUGAGAAGGUGUGGCAAGAAAGAGCCGACCAGUUCGGCGGCAGGCAAAAGACGAGACUGCCCAAGUGGUUCGGAGAGAGGCCCGGCAAGAAGAAGGGCGACAUCGAAUCCCCCGAAGGCGAGGAGGACGUAAAGGCGGAAGUCGAGGAGGAAGAAGAACCCACUUUCGAACCCGAGCCCGAAGAGGAGGUUGAAGAGGUCGAGGAGGUCGAAGAGGUCGAAGAGGAGGAGGAGGAGGAAGAAGAAGAGGAGGAGGAAGAGGAAGAGGAGGAGGAAUAAAUACAAGAAGCCACUCUUGACCAGGGUUAGACCGCCGACUCAGACGCGUCGGAAUGUACUGUUUUGUAACCAAUCCAUUAACUUAUUUCUAUUAUAAAUUAUUUUUAUUAUUUAUACUGUUGAAUCAUUCGUUACGGAACAUGGACGUUUACUGCGUCGCCAACAUCUAUGACGUCACAAUAAACUAAUUUAUUUCAUAAGG